AUGGCUGCGAACCAAUUCUCUAUGCAGAAUCCACCAAGGACUCCGACCACGUCUGACGAUGAGAUGGAUCCUCAAUUAGCAGAGUCGGGUCUGCGCAUCAAGCAUGCAUACAACGAAUCCCCAGUCAGAUCGCGCCUCUCGGGCUCCUUCGAUCGACUAUCAGCUUCACCUCCGGAUACUGCGAGCACCUCGAUGAACACUGGCCGUAUGGAUCUUAUUUCUCCUACUUUCUCGCUAGCCACACCUGCAGACGCCUACAGUCCCUACACACCACACACUGUCGUUAGCGAGGCCGACGAUUCGUCAGAGAAGGAGGAUGAGCCUAUCAUUGCCGCUCCAAGUCCUUUCAACUUUACAACACAGCAAUACUCUGCCACUCUAUCACCCGCCAAACCCGUGAGUAUCACAAACACACCAAAUUAUACCUUACUGACGAUACCCAGNGACAUCAAUGUUGGCAAGCGUCGCGGUCACAAGUACAAGCACUCCAGUGUUUCCCACCAGAUCUUUAUCGAACCAGCUCCUCGCGCCCCUCUUCAACUACCCGCCUCCCUACCCGUUCCUACUCGCAAUGAGGUCCAACACAGCAUGACAUCAAACCAGAAGGCCCGUUUGGCUUGGUGCUUCUGCCACUUCCUGAUCGCUGGGUAUGUGCAAUGGAGUGCUGCUGGUUCUCUUGCCAUGACAGCGCUUUCGCGCCUACUUUUCUUCGAUGCCGCCGGUGCCAUUGCUUGUGUCUUGGUCGAGACUAUGGGAAACUUUGAAGUCUGGAAACGUUCCAGUGUCAAGCAUCCAUUCGGUCUCGAGCGACUCGAUGUUCUUGUUGGCUUCGGACUUGCUGUCUUCAUCGGUUUCAUGGGCCUUGAUGUCUUGUCUCACGGCAUUCAGCACUCGCUCGAGAACCUCGGAUCUCAUGUUGCCCACUCGCCGCAUGCUCAUCGUCGCAUCUCUGCUGGAUCUGUUGAUGUUGCCGCCCUUCUCGCCAUUGUCGUCACCCUGAUCUCUGCUCUUGUACUCAAGAAUCACGCCCGCAUCGGUAAAGCUAUGCGCAUUGAGUUCAUCUCAUGCUGGGGCACUGUCUUGAGCAAUCCCAGCCAUCUUAUCACUUUAUCGUGCUCGACUCUUCUGCUUCUGCUGCCGCUGCUCAGCAUUCAAGCAUAUCACUGGUUUGACGCUGCCAUGUCCUUCUUCAUUGCAGUCGCCAUGAUCAGUCUGGGUGUUCGCCUAGGCACAUCUCUCUCAUCGAUCCUUCUGAUGUCUUACUCGGCGCCUGCGGGUGGUGCGACAAUCAAGGACGUUAUCUCCGAAAUCGAAACUGAUAAAUCCGUUUCAGCCGUUCAAGAUGCCAAGUUUUGGCAAGUUCACUAUGGACUUUGUAUGGCCAACUUGACUCUGAGAUAUAGGGCAGCUGACUAUGGUCUUGACCUGGCUAAGACAAGGGAAAGAAUGACAAGUCUUGUGCGCAACAGGCUUGGUGGUGGUUAUGGAUCUGGCGGCCUCAAGUGGGAGGUGUCGGUACAGUUGAUCCCUGAAAGGGACUGA